AUGACAGCAUCAGAAACUAAGGGAGACAGAUUUUUCUCUUCUAAUCUUCACAUGGAUGCCGCCGUUAAGAGCUACACCACCGCACUCAAUCAAGCUCCAGACGACCAUCACUUACACGUCCUCUACUCCAAGCGUUCAGCUGCUCACUUGAAGGACAAGAAAUAUGAAGAAGCUCUCGCAGACGCAAAGUUGGCCCUCCACCUGAAACCGGAAUGGGCAGAGGCUCAUAGCCGCGUCGCUGCUGCUCAUUACGCUUUGGGGAACAUUUUUUUCAAAAAAGCUAAGGCUUGCUACGUACUGAGUGAAAGUAAUCGGACGAGUGGGUUCAUGGAAGACCAUGAUUUCAACAACUUGAUGAAAGAACUCUGUGAACAUCCGAGACGUAUCCAUCUCUACAUGGAAGAGGCGAAUGUUAUAGAUGCUUUGUACGUUUUGCUGAACGAUACACUGCCUUCUAGAAACGUUCUGGUUACUACAUUUACCAAAUCAAUACCAGGAAGCUCUCUCAGAUGCCAGCUUGUUACCCAAAUGAAGCCAUCUCGGUCAGAGGGUCAUGUCCUUAUGGGUGAUGCUCUUAAGGGCUUGGGGUUACAUGAGUUCGAAUUAGCUGUGGUUGCAUACAAGAAAGGGCUCUCCACCCAUUCAGCCAGUAAGAGUAUGAGAUCCGGGUUAGCACACUCCCUGGCUCAUCUGUCAAGUCCUUUUGGAGAUGCCUUGGGGCCGAACAUGUGGGGGAAACUGAGCAGGAAUCCUCGGACCAGUGCGUUUAUGAAACAGGAAGGCUUCGUUCAACUGAUGGACAAGUUCUCGGAAUCACCUUUCACUUUCCAUCUUAAGCUUGAUGACGUAAGAGUGAUUGAAGCUAUUCUUUUUUUCGUUGAGUGAUCAAACCGUAGUACACCACGAGAUGGGGAUGGACGUCGAAGCUGUUUAAAAUGAGGAAACAAACCUAGCACAAGCUGUUGAAGCUCAAGCAAUAAAAGCUGUAAAAGACGCAUCUCUCUCUUCCGGUGACUUCUCUGACGCCGUUAGUCACUACACCGCUGCAAUUGAUAUCGAUCCAAA